CCCGCUGUCGAGCUUGGUGACCCGGUGCCCGCGGUUCUGCCAGAUGACUCUGUGCCCGCUGUCGUGCCAGAUGACUCGGUGCCCCCUGACUUGCCUCCGUCCGCUGCCCAGCCUGACGUGCCUCCAUCCGCUGCCCAGCCUGACGUGCCCCCGCCCGCUGCCCAGCCUGACGUGCCUCCGCCCACUGCCCAGCUAAACUGGCCAAUAACUGAUUCCCAGCCUGCUCCUGGAAAUCCUGUGUCCAGCGGCCUGCCAUCCUGGGUUCCCCUACAUAAAGAGAAGUCUGCCAGCAGGAAACCCAGCCAGCCGGUUGACUCCGGCAGUAAGAUAUCCAGCCAGUUACCUGACCCGGGCGGUGGAACAUUUUGCCCACU